AUGGACGUGUUAAAGAGCCGCUACUUGGGGAUCGGGGUGGCCGUGGCGCACGGCUUCUUCUCCGGCUCCCUCAACAUCCUGCUGAAGUUCCUCAUCAGCAACCACAACUUCAACUACCUGACUCUCAUCCAGCUCCUGACCAGCAGCACCGCGGCGCUCACCCUGGAGGUCCUCCGGCGGCUCGGGAAGGUCUCCAUCCCUCCGUUCAGCCUCCAGCUCUCCAAGGAGUUCGGCCCGGUGUGCAUCCUCUCCACGCUGCAGUCCACCCUCACUCUGUGGUCUCUGCGCGGCCUCAGCCUGCCCAUGUACGUCGUGUUCAAACGCUGCCUGCCGCUCUUCACGCUCAGCAUCGGCGUGUGCGUGCUGAGGAACGGCGUGCCGUCCAUCGGCGUGGUGAUCGCCGUGACCAUCACCACCGGUGGAGCCGCACUGGCCGGUGCCGGCGAUCUCACCGGCGAUCCCUUCGGCUACAUCACCGGCGUGCUGGCGGUCAUCAUCCACGCCUCCUACCUGGUCCUGAUCCAGAAGACCAGUCUGGACAGCGAGUACGGACCGCUCACAGCGCAGUACGCCAUCGCCGUCAUGGCCUCACCGGUGCUUCUCGUCUGCUCCCUCAUCUCUUUGGACACCAUCAACAUGUGGACGUACGAAGGCUGGAAGGACCCUCACGUCACCAUCAUCUUCGUCAUCUGCAUCUUCAUCGGCUGCGCCAUGAACUUCACCACGCUGCACUGCACCUACAUCAACUCCGCCGUCACCACCAGCUUCGUCGGCGUGGUCAAGAGCAUCGCCACCAUCACCGUCGGCAUGCUGGCAUUCAGCGAUGUCUCGCCGACCCGGCUGUUCAUUGGCGGCGUGGUGGUCAACACCAUUGGCUCCAUCACCUACUGCAUCGUCAAGUACUUCGAGACGAAGAAGAAGAGCUUGUACGAGGACCUGGAGGAGGCCGGGAAGGACGGAGCGCUGCCCGGCGAGCCUUACGGAGAGAAACCGACUCUGAACGGCGACGGGCCCGCCGACGGCAACGGAUCUGAUCCGGGACAUACGGAGUUAGAGGGAGUGUUGAGCGGCAGCGUGGACGAGGAGGUAGCGGCGGCCGGCUGUGCGAACGGAGAGGUGGGGACAGGAGAAGGAGAGGUGGGCGGGAAUUCUAGGGUCAUGACGGAGAAGGAGGCGCUGGAGAUGCAGAGGGAGCACCUCCACCGGGAGAACACCACCUCCAGUCAGUCGGUUAGUGACAGCUACGUCGGGGUGUGGAGGUCCAUCAGACAUCUGCAGUUUAUGAAGAAAGAACCUUUGAUUGAUAACAUGGAGCAGCAGAGUCCGUAA